AGUGGAGCCCCCGCCGGCGGCAGAGCCUACGGAGCCCUCGCAGGAGCCUCUGCCAGAAGAGAAGAAGAAAUCAGUCAGAUCCGUGGUCGGAUUAAGUCUCAACCUGGACAAUGUAGACGUUGUAAAUGAGAUACAACAUGCCUUCCCGACACAGUACCAUGCUGCACUCGUCACAGAAAUCCUUAAUAUCGUACUUGAAAAAUCAGCAAAGGAUAUUGAUACAGUGGCGAAGACAAUUCUCCAUGUUGUAAACUCGAAUGUGUUGUCUGCGAGCAACUUCAUCGCAGGCAUUUCCGAGAUAUUUGAGUUUGGGCCCGACCUGUACAUUGAUAUACCCAUGCUCUAUGUCUACCUUAGUAAAUUUAUGACACCGCUCAUUGAAAAUAAGCAUGUCACAUUUGCUCAAGUAUUUAAACUUUGCGAGAAGGCAAUUAUUCCCGCAGAACAUGGUCAUUUGAUAUUAAAAGCUAUCAUAGGCAACCUCAAGGAGAGCAUGGGAGUGUCAUUUGUUAAGACCAGAUGGCAGGAAUCGGGAUUAGAGUUCAAGCAAUGGAUGAAUGAGGAUCAAGUGCCUAAAUGGUUAGAAGAUAAUAAAUUAGAGUAUCUUGUAAAGGACAUUCCGUGCGAGGAAUCAAAGGUGACUCUGAGCCCUACGGAGGUUGAGAGCAAACUGUUGCAGUUGAUGAACGCUGAUGAGACUUGCGAAUGUGUGCGCGGAUGGAUACAGGAUAACGUUGGGGCAUCCCGUGACGAGGAAUGGGUGACUCGUGCCCUAAUGGCGGCGGUGUGUUCGCACGCACUACUCGGUGGCGAGGGCGCACGUCGGCUGUCCCGCGACCGCAUGCACAAGUAUGCCCCACUACUGCACGAGCUGGCAGCACGCAGUGAACUGGACUGUCUGCUGGCUGUGCAGAGACUUGUACACCGUAUGGAACACCCGCAAGGGUUAACAUUGGACAUAUUCCAAUAUCUCCAUGAGCAGUACAUCAUCUCCGUGGAAGGAUUCAUUUUGUGGGAGACAAGCGAAAAGGAACCCGAGGGAAAAGCGGUGAUGCUGAAGGCGCUGACGUCGUUCUUCACGAACAUCCGAGAAGCGGACAACGAGGACACUUGCAGCGAGGAAUGACGACCGCAGCAGCCGCCGCCGCCCGCGCCCCCCGCGCCCCCAGCACCCCCCGCGACGGCCUCCCCCAACAUUACUUUCUACUAUAUUUUUUUAUACUAAAAUACUAACAUAGUCCUAUAUAGUAGAAUGUGGCGACUGACGGGGGACAGUGCACGCGUCUACGCUUCAUUGAAUGUUUUAUUAUAUUUUGUUUAAUAGCAGUUUAAAAUUAUAUAAAAAAUGGAAAAAAAGAUUAUGCAUGUAGAAGCGGGGUAUGAGAUGUGCGCUGGCCCCUCGGCCCCUUGGCCCCGCGGCCCCUCGGCCCCACGGCCCCACGGUCACGUGUCUACUAUAAUAAUUGUAAAAGAAUCGAUUUAACUGCAAAUCGGUUAUAUAUGAAUAUGCUUGUUUUAGAGAAGGGCGUGCACGCAAACGCCCCAGGUAAGUACCUUCGUUUAUGUGUUUGUUUUUAUAAUCUAUUUUAAUCCGUUUUUAAUUUUGACCCCAAAGUGGAAAUUCUCAAUGGAAUAAUAAAUCAAUAUUUCGUGCACGAUACAAUAUGUUUUACAUUUUUUUUCUACAUUUUAUUUUUUAACUUAUGAAAGCGAUGUUUUCUUUUUUAAUUUUUAGCCAUUAUUUUACUUCUUAUUCGUUGGAAAUGUGUUUGAAAUAUAACAGCUUAUGGAUGUUUGGAUUUUAGAUCGUGACGUCUUGAAUAUUAUUGUUACAUAUUGAAUUAAUGUUAAAUUUAUUUUAUAUGAUUUUCAUUUUAUCCUAAAAUUGUUUGUUUGCGUUGUACAAACAAUAUUUCAUUUUUAAUACAAUUAUUGCCGCUAAUAGUCCAUCAAGUUACAUUUAAUAUAAAUUAAUUUUACGGAAUCUAUCGUCUCUGAGAAAUUAUUGUUCAAAUUAAAUCGGUAUCGUGGAAAAAUCAAGAAAAUUGUUUUGAUAGUUGUGUGGUCUUUGCGUAAAUUUCAAAAUAUUUACAGAAAAUUUUCAAUAAAGUAAAUGCAAACAUCUUAAAUUGUGUCACUACGAGAUAAAGUUUUGGGUUUUAUAUUUUAAUGAUCAUCACUAUUGUAAACUAUAUCUUAUUUUAUAUAUAUAUGGCUAUAGCUUUAUGAUUAAACCUAUUUUUAUCAGUUACUAUGUAUGUUAUGUAAAUAAACUUUUUUGAAGAAAAA